AUGGCACGAAAUCAUAUUGUAAGGCAGGCCAAAAUUAUAGAUGCAUAUGCCACUUGGCUAGUGCCUACUGGUUUGGGAGUUUGGUCGGUCAACCCAACAGAUCAUUCCACCGGAGGAGGAUUCACAUCAAAGAAUAGCGAUCCAACACCGGAGCAAGUCUUACAGAUUAAGGCGCAGGAUGUGUCAGCUUUAUCAGCAAUACAAGCAGAGGUUGUCGCUUGCAAAUUAGCUCUGGGAGCGGCAUGGCAUAAGGAAUUGACAACAAUAACUGCUUAUACAAAUUGCUGCGCUUUAGAGUCAAAGAUUACAUGA